AAGGAAAAUUUCUGACAUAAACAUGAUCAGCCUGGCAAAGAAACUACAGGACUUGGAGUCGUUUCUUGAUAGUCAAUAUGACAAAGACGUCGGCUACGGACGGGCACUGAUAGUGGCCAUCGUUAACGAGGAUCUCUUUAUAGAGGUAGAAGUCCUAAAAUGUAUUGGAGACCUGCAUCUUCAGAAAGGCAAGCAAAGCAAAGAUUCUGUAGAAUUUGACAAGGCUGCUGCCCUGUAUGCUGCUGCCCUACUGCGCUGCACAGAUCCAAACAUUGGACAAACACUGGAGCAUCGUAUCGGUUACAUGGAGAAACUCUGCAGUCAACUGCUGCAGGGGUACAGUCCGAACUUCCUGUGGUUGUCACAAGACUACUGGGGUACCAUUGAUAGCAAUGUUCUUAGGGUGGCAGAAAUAUGUGGCAAAAUGGAGAGAAGAGUCGACGAAAACUGGUGGCUUUCAGAAGACGUGUACACAGAAACGUUACUGUCAGCCAUUGCAAACGGCGACAUCAUGUUGGAAGUCGAGGUUCUUAAAUCACUCGGUGAUUUCUACCUGGAGGAAGGCAGGAGAAAUCUUAAUGUAUCCCAGUUCUCCAAGGCAACUACUAUGUACAACAAGGCCCUGAAAAUAGGUGAGGAGCCGGAGACAAAAGAGACUCUGCACCACCGUAUGAGGUACACGGAAAAGAUCAGCCAAGUAACGAGAAAGCAAUUAGAACGAAAUAAACCCAGCACGAGAGAAAGAACACCAAACGUGGGACGCCAUUCUGAAAACGUCAGGGGAACUGACGUCAUUCAGGACCAUCACCUCCAUGCAGACACACCAAGCAAAACCACAAGAAUACGUAGACGUUCUGAAGAAGAAAGACGUAUGGAAAGCCAGUACAAAGGGUACCUUGAAAAGGGGGAAUCCUCCCUUGCCAGGGCAGACCUGGACUCAGCAGAGCAGCACUUUGCAGCUGCACUGAAGACGGUACAUGUCAGAGAUUCCACAGCCCAGCAGUACCAGAGAGAGGUGGAGCCCCUGUGCAAGUUGGGGGAUGUCUACCGUAAGCGAGGUCAGCGGACAGGAGACGGGGGAGACUUCGUCAAAGCAGCAGCGCUCUACAAUGCAGCAAUAGCCAGGUCAAAGGAUGAAGUGCUUAGGGGUAAAAUGGUAACAUCUUUAAAGGAGGUGGAAAAGUCUUUUCUCACAUUUACCUUAGGCUGUUAUAGCGAUGCUUGUCUAGAUGACAAUGAUAAACACAAGAAGCAGCUGAAGGAGAUGCGGGACCAGAUCAAGCUGGAGAUGGAAACCAUUGACCAGCAGCUGGAUCCCUAUGUAGAUGAUGAGGAUGACCCAUGUGUCAAAGACAUAGAGGCAAAUCGAGCUCAGGCUGUCAGACAGCUGUUUGAAAGAAUUUCACAAGAGAGAAAGGAGUUCAUCAGCCAGCUUGUAGAAGAGUGUAUUGGGUUAAUGGGUCCCCCUCCCUGUAAGUAUGCCCUGAUAGGUUUGGGUUCACAGGCCACAGGACUGGUAACUCCAUACUCAGACCUGGAGUUUGCCAUCUUGGUUGAGGAAGAAAGUGAGCAAUGUCUUGAGUAUUUCCGCAAACUCACCCACUAUCUACACCUUAAGGUGGUCAACCUGGGGGAAACCAUCCUCCCGGCUCUGGCAAUAAAAUCUCUCAAUGACUUCUACUCUCUGGAUCCACUUGACAACUGGUACUAUGACUCAGUUACACCACGUGGAUUUGCGUUUGAUGGCUCCAUGCCAAAGGCAAGCAAGACUCCAUUAGGCAGACAGGGAACUAUGGAUAAACCACCAAGUGAACUGAUCUGCACCCCAAACAGCAUGGUUUCAAUACUGAAAGAUGAUAUUGCAUUGUACUUGAAAGAAGGGUAUCACCUUGCUUCUAUUUUGAGGAACCCGUGCCUAAUAGCCGGAGACAAAGAUUUGAUCAAUGCAUACACGGCAAUCACAUUUAAGGUACUGCAAUCUGACGGGGGCACAAUUGCUCAAAAACUUGUAGAGGAGACAAUAAGAGAAAAUGUAUCAGUUUUAGAUGAGAAGAAGAAUAUCACCGCAAGGCUGAUUGAUGUAAAGAAAUACGUGUAUCGCUUCCCAGCUCUAGCAGUGGACUGCUUGGCACUGUCUUCAGGCAUCAUACCUACGACAGUUUGGGAGACAAUAGAAGACAUGGAAAACCAACAUGUGAUAAGUCCCAACAAUGCACACCACCUGACAGUGCUUACCAGUAUCUCAGCAGAACUCAGGCUCAGAACCUACAUUGCAAAUGGUGGACAGAAGGAAAACCUGUCAGCUUUGGUCUCAAUCAAGACAGCACUGGAUGGGCAGGGAUCAUCACAGCAGGCCUAUGAUGAAGUACAGACAGAUGUAAUUAAAGUUUUCCAUCUGCCAAACGAAAAACAGCUUUUCAGAUACUAUUAUACAGCAAUUCCUCUUAAACGUGUUUUGUCAGAAUGGUCUGAAAAUAAGGCAGUUUCAAAACCAUGGUCCGAGUUCUUUGAUACUUCCCCGAGAGUCAGAGGAAUGAUGCACUCUGAGCUAUGUAAAUACAGACUGGCUGUAAACUACUAUCAUGAAGCCCUGACGAAGGCUGACGAUAUUGCCGAUAAGGUGAUAAUGCGCAGCUACCUUGCAGAUGCGUGUUGCAAGGUGGGGGAUUACCAAAAUGCAACCGUCUACAAUGAACAGGCACUUCAGUUGUACAGAACUAUCUUUGGUGAACGGCCAGUACAUCCUCAUAUCGCCAAUUCACUCAAUAACCAGGGGGAAGUGUGGUACCAGCGAGGUGACUAUAAAAAAGCAAUGCGCUACUUUGAAGACGCCCUUCAGAUGUACAUGGCUCAUUAUGGUCCGUCGGCAGCGCAUCAUCACAUUGCCGGUACGUUAAAUAACCUAGGCCACCUCUGGAGCCACCUAGGGGAUCAUGGUAAAGCUAUCAGCUACCAUGAACAGGCACAGCAGAUGUACAGGAGUAUUUAUGGCAAGACGACAGCGCACCCUGGUACUGCUAACUCACUCAACAACAUAGGGCUAGCUUGGACCUAUCACGGCGAUGACAGGAACGCAAUCAAAUAUUACGAGCAGGCACUGCAGAUGUACAGUAGUAUUUAUGGUCAAGGCACAAUUCAUCCCUUGGUUGCAAUGUCACUCUGCAACCUUGGGUCAGCCUGGCAUAGUUUAGCUGAUUACAGGAAAGCUAUCGGUUACUAUGAAAUUGCACUGCAGAUGAGAAAGACUAUAUAUGGUACAGCACAUCCUGAUAUUUCUACCGCACUCAGCAACCUAGGUCUAGCCUGGAAUGACCUGGGUGGUCACCAGAAAGCUAUCAGCUACCAUGGACAGGCACUAGAGAUGUAUAAAAGAGCCUAUGGUCAGACGACAGCACAUGCUCAUAUUGCGAAAUCAAUGAACAAUCUGGGCGAAGUCUGGAACAAUCUGGGUGAUUACAGAAAAGCAAUCGCCUACCACGAACAGGCAUUGCAGAUGUACAAAAACGUCUACGGUCAGGGCACACCACAUUCUGAUACUGCAGCCUCACACAACAACUUGGGGGCAGCCUGGUACCAUCUAAGCGAUCAUAUGAGAUCAAUCAAGCACUAUGAAGAGGCACUGGGGAUGUACAGGAGUAUUCAUGGUCAGGCCACAGCCCAUGCAGAUAUUGUCACUGCACUCAACAAUCUGGGGGAAACCUGGGGUACCUUAGGUAAUCACAGGAAAGCGGUUGUCUAUCUGGAAAAGGCACUGCAUAUGCUCAAGACUAUCCAUGGUCACCAUACAGCGCACCCUGACAUUGCUGGCGUACUCAAUAAUCUUGGGGAAGAAUUGCAUCAACUGAGUGAUUAUAAGAAAGCUGUCUGUCUCCAUGAACAGGCACUGCAGAUGAGGGAGAGCAUCUAUGAUCCAGUUACAGCACAUCCUGAAAUUGCCGUCUCACUUCAUAACUUAGGGGAUGUCUGGGGUGCUCUGGGAGAUCACAGAAAAGCUAUCAUGUACCUUGAAAGGGCACUCCAGAUGUACACUUGUGUCUAUGGUCAGACGGCACAUUCUCUCAUAGCCAAUUCACUUAACAGUCUGGGGGCAGCCUGGCGCGGCUUGGGUGAUCAUCAGAAAGGACUAGGCUAUUAUGAUCAGGCACUUAAGAUGAGGAUGGCAAUCUACGGUGCAACUACAGCACAUUCUGACAUUGCAGCCUCUUUAAGUAACUUGGGGGAAGUUUGGGGUGACCUUGGUAAUCAAAGGAAUUCUAUCAGCUACCUGGAACAGGCACUGCAGAUGCACAGGACUAUCUACGGACAAACUACGGCACAUCCAGAAAUUGCAACCUUCCUCGACAAUCUAGGUGGAGCCUGGAGUCGUCAGGGUGAUUACAGGAAAGCACUUGACUACUAUGAACAGGCAUUACAGAUGCGCGAGAGCAUCUAUGGUAAAGGCGCAGUACAUUCCGAUAUUGCGGCCUCCCUCAACAAUGUAGCGGGGGCCUGGAAUAAUCUAGGUGAACACAGGAAGGCUGCCAAGUUCCUUGAGCACGCAUUGCAUACCUACGAGAGCAUCUACGGUGACGGUAUAGCGCAUCCGCACAUUUUGAUGGUUCUCAACAACAUGGGAUGGACCUGGGGUCAACUGGGCGACUACAGAAAAGCAAUCAGCUAUCAUGAGCGUGCACUACAAAUGGGAAGGGAUAUCUAUGGACAGAGUCCGACGCAUCCUGACAUCGCCAUGUCAAUCAACAACCUUGCGUUGGCCUGUCUCUCUCUCGGUGAUUACGGAAAAGCUAUCAGUGAAUUUCAAAAUGCAUUGCAGAUGUACAGGAGUAUUUACGGCCAGGAUACAGCACAUCAUGACAUUGCCUUGUCGCUCAACAACCUGGGAGUGGCCUGGUACAAAUCCGGUGAUUACAGAACAGCAAUUAAUGUUUGCAAAGAGGCCUUGGCUAUGGCAAGGAAGCUUUAUCUUGAAACUGAUAGUCACCCAUUACUAAAACAAAUUGAAAAGAAUAUUGCCAAGAUCAGUGCAGAACAUGCGAACACCACAGAAGAAAAUCACAUUCAGUAAGACCUUUGUAUUGUCUGUUUCUUGACUCCCUAAAAGAUCAUAAUACAUGUCACGUGAAAUUACGUUUCAAAUGGGCCGAAAAGCUUUAGCUAAAAACGUCCAUAAGGUGCACAGACCGACAUUUUCCAUGUACUAUCAUGUCCAACUCCUAUAUUCGCCUACAUGGGUUUAUAAUUUAUCAUUUAUACAUAAUUCCAAAUGCGAGACCAGAUCGGUAAUACUUGACUGUUAUUAUUGAUUUUUUGUUGUCCUGUAUGUAGCAUCGUAGCUGUUUAGUACUUGCUUGUUGCCACACAUUGUACUAUGUGCGAUUGUCGAGCAUGUUCACUUUCAAUAUUGUUAGCCACAAAAGAGCACAAACUUGUAUAUUGUUUCUGCCAUAGUCUAACACAAUGAUGAAUAUUAAAUCUCAGUUGAAAUUCAAUAAAAUCGGAUCGUAAGUUGCUGCAAGAGAUUAGACUCAUGUUUGUAUCAAUUUUAUUAUUUCUACGUUUUUUUAAUGUAUUUACUUAUGUAUAACAUUUCUCAGAAAAUGCUAUCCUCAACUUGGCAAGAACAGAGUAUGACGUUUCUAAGUACACUAUUACACAAAUAUCAAAUUUAUAUAACGUAUAAAACUAUUAAUUUAUACAACACGUCAUUUCUGAUUUAUCGUGUCCUUUAUAAUUAUCAUCUUGGAGUUCCACACUUCUAAGUAGCAUAAUUUGGUCCCACUAUUCUCUAAAUAUAUUUUAUUUACCUAGCAGCACACAGUAAGCAUAGAUUGCGAGAGGGAUUAAAUGUGUUUUCCUAACACAUUCAUGAAGCUGAUGUAGAUGUAACUUCUUUUCAAAACCUUCUAUCUAGUACGCCAUCACGACAAAUGGCAUUUCCCUUCACCAGAGAAAUAAGUAUACUUGUCGGUAUACUAUUCUUGCUAUCAAUAGCAUUAAAUGUUUCAUCUGGUUGCAACUAAAAACUAAGGCCACUGUACUUUGACUACACACUUAAAGUAGAAGAUUCGAUGUUUUUUUCUGUCAUUCUGCCCAAAAGUAUCUAUCAUCGGACCUACUCUCCUAGCAUACUGCUUGCCCCACUUUCUGAUAGCAGGGCCAGGACAAGUCAGAAAAAGACAAUUACAAUCUUGUCAUCCAACCUCUGCUUGGAGAUUACAUAGGUGGCUGUUGUAUCUCAAAAAAGUGCCUGCCAUCACUGUUUCAUUACAUGAAACAUUCACUGCAUGUGAAUGCUUUCGGGCACUGCAACAGUCACAUUGAAGGCAACCCUAACACUUACAUAAUCACAUAUUCACUAUCUAUAAAGCACUUUGGUACGAUUCGAACUAUAUGCAACAUACAUUAGGCCCUGAGUAAUGAACUGCUCAGCAUCAAAUCGACUUCUAUCUCUAUAUAAGAAAUUACUGGAAAAAUACACUUGUUACAUUUUACCUCCUAUAUAAGGUAUACAUGUAAGCAGUUACAUUUCUAUAUACUUUUACAUCAUUUCUUAAUAUUCUCCUUUGUAAGUGG